AUGCGUAGUUGGUAUUGAUAUCAUGAUUAGAGCCCGUUUAUUUUGAAGUCGAUAAAAUAUCUGAAUGUUCUUGCAGAGAAAAGCGUAGCGACGGCACGGUGGAUGGGCGUCGGCGGGGCGACAACGCCGUCCGCGGCCAGCGUCGCCGCGACAUCGUCGUCGUCGUCGGCCUCCGCUGCGAGCGCUGUCGCUGGCGUCUUCCGCGAUGUCGACGACUACGAAGACCUCCUCCAGAAGCUUGCCAAGGUUCCAGUUUUUGAGAUCUUCAACAAAAUUAUUUGUCAAGUAAAAAUUAUUUUCUUUCCAACAUUUUUCAUUCAUAUGGGGUCUCCAAACAAAAAUUAUUUUCUACAUCAUUCCUGAAUUUUACUCCAAAUUUCUAUCUUUCUGAGAGAAAUGGAUUUUGCUAGCGUUAUACUUGUCCACUAACUUUCUGAACUUUGGAAGUUUUUUUUUAGAAUCUGAGCUAUAUUUUUCAAUUUUCGAGAAAAUUCUCUUGAAUUUUAGCUCUCUUCCCUAUAUUUUCUGACUAGCCAAGGUUUUUUUUUGUUAUUGAAUAUGUCAACCUUUUUUUCAAUUUAUUCACAUUUCUACAUUGAAUUUUACAUUUCGCAUUUGUUUGAGACGUUUUUUUCUGCUUUUUGAUGUCAAAACAUGGGAAUCUUCUUCCGAAAAUAGUUUUUGUCCGAACUUAACUACAGUAAGUCGUUGCUUUAAGAACUAUUCACUUUUUUAAAUUUUUGUGUAUCAAGUUGUUCUAGAGUCUAGGGUUUCACUUUAAUCCCUUAAUUUGUCUUUAAUUACGCAUUUUCUGUAGUUGGAUUUAGUACAUGAUCAUGAGAUCAUAUUAUUUCUGUGAACUUCUGCUUUCUUCUGAUUUUUCUUUUUUUUCCGAAUCGCGAGCUUGCCGACAGCAUACGACCACUUCGCCAUGUGGGUACUUAUUGUCAGGUACAAAUCCUAAUAUUUUAUUCCUUUUUAUGUAUAUGGAGCGUUAUACAUCUUCUUUUUUUGAUUCUAUCUUUAUUUUCAGUUUUUUUUUCUAUCGAGUUGUUUUUUUUUGCUAUAGUUUGUCACAAAAGUUUAUUGAUAACCUCAAAAUAUGAGCAUUUUUUUAUAUCAUUUCAUCCUCGAUUUUUUUGAAAAAAAUUUAUACUAAUUGUUUUUUUAGCUUUUUUUAAAAAAACAUUUUUUUCAAAAAAAGAGAUAGCUUAAUGAAUAACAAGAAAAAUUUCAGAAUGAAAGCGAUCUGGAACUUGCUGCUAAAAUCGGACAAUCGCUUCUCGAACAGAACAAGGACUAUCAGAAUAGGUAAAAUCUCGGAGUUUUUAGUUGAUUUUCAUGCGAGUUAUUUCACUAUAACCUUGAGAAUCUCCAACAAGGUCUAGAAACUUUUGAAAGAAGAUUCUCGACAAGAUCAGCAGAAUUCAAUCCGAAAACAGUUAUUGAUAGGAUUUUAGGCUCGCAGUCGUUAAUCGUUAUCAUUCACUUUGUUUAUUGGCUUAGGCCUUUUAUGAUGCUUAUUGUUGUAUAUUUACACUUUUUGGGUCAAUAGGAUUUUUUGAUAAACGUUUAUAAAGUAUAGGGAAAUAUAUGGAGUUUUCAAGGAUCUCAGAGAAAUAUUGAGUUUUGAUAUGCUUUUUGAGCUGGGCAACAAAAGAUAGAGAAUGGAAUUUUUGACAAAUUUAGCCGAUUUCUUCUUGUAGAUCUGCUCAUUUCUCCUUUUUACUAUGAAAAACAAUUUUAUGAAGUGUUCUAGUGUGUUCCGAUUUAUUUUUGAUUUAUUGUCAUUCAAGCGCCGAAACCGAUUCUACCGUAAAGAGUCGAUCAAAGAGAGUGAUUGGAUUGGUUCUUUUUUUUCUGUUCCGUUUUGACCCAUUUUGGAAAGUUUUGAAUGGAAUCGGAGGCCUUUGUGUAUGAGAGUUCUCGAUGGUUUUUGAGAACUUGGGGAUGAAGCGUCCCGGUUCAUACAUUUGACUUUUAGCUGCAUUUCAAUACUUUUUUGAAGUAGGAACGCAUCAGAGCAGAAGUCGUUUUGGGUCGGACGCAUUUAGACGAACCGCUACGCUAAGCCACCUCACAUAUCUUCAAAUUGAAGUGUUCUCGAAACAAUUUAAUUUUUCUCUUUCACAGGAACGAUUUCCUCGAAGAAAGCCUUGCCAAAACAACGGACACCGUCAUUCAACUGAAACACCAGCUUCAGCAGAAGAUUGACCUGUUGAGAGUCUAUUCUCAUCUCGAUGAUGAUGGCCUUCCGAGGUGAAACUUGAUUUUGAUGAUGAGAGAGAGAGUAAAAUAAUCCUUUUUUUCAGACACAACAGCGACGACAGCCUUCGAGUUCGGUUGGACAGUGCUAGGCACGAAAAUGAGCGGUUACGAAGGGAGUUCGAGUCUCUGAAACUGCAGAAAGACCUCUCCGUGGCCGAAGAACGGCAAAAUGCCGAGGAGCUCUGUCGGCAGCUCGAUGAUGCCAAUGAUAAGGUAUGGUUAGGGGAACGUGCUGGGUGAGAGCUUUGUCGAGAGACGAGGAGGGCGCAGAGAAGCCUUUUUUAGAACUUUUUAAAUUUUAUUAUAUUGAAAUUAAAAAGUAUGGUGUUAGAAAAAAAGCUUUUUUUUUUUGAAAUAUUGCGCUUAUUUCAUAUUUGAAACUGAGGCUAUCCUGGUUUUUUGCGUAACUUUUAGAAAACUUGGACUAUAGCCGGCUCACGACUAGCUUACCCAGUCUGGGCUUUCCAUCAACCAUGCCCAAUCGUGUUUUUUUAAAUCAUGUCAGAACCUUUUUUCCGCUGGCCUGAGCCAGCCGUGAAUUAGUUAUACUAUUGUUUCUAAAAGCUUUAAAAUUUGGCUAUCUUCAGGCUCGAAAGAAUUUUAAUAUUAAGGUCCAUAAGCUUCAACGUCAAAUCGAAGGAAAAAGCGUCGAGCUGCAAAAUCAGUCGGAAACUGUUGAGCGGCUAUUGCGGGAAGUUCAGACGAAGGAAGGACGGGAGAGAGAGGUGAAAAAGAAUUAUUUUUCUAACCGAAAUGUUUUUGACAUAUCUGCUUGUACUAUAUUUUUCUUAAAAAAUCAAACUUAUGCUCUUCAUUUUCAGCUUUUCACCCAACGAGAAGAGCUCAGCUCGAUGCUCAUCGACAUGAUCACCAAGAACGACGCGAUGAGCGAUGAGCUGGGAAGAAUGCAGGUUUUUCAUCAAUAUCGAAUCGAAAAUCGAAAAAUUGGCUUUCUAGGAACAAUACGCCGAGCUCAAGGGAACCUUCAAAGACGCUGAAGAGGAACUGCUCCGACUGAGGCAAAGCGGCGCUUUUCGUGCUGGUUUGUAGCGAAAUACACAAAAAAUUGAUGGAACUUCAUUUUUAGCGUCUUUCGACUCGCUCUACGAUUCCCUGGCCUCAGAGCUGGAAAAUUCGGACAGCGGAAUGAGCAGUUCGAGGGUCGCCUCCGCCAUGACCAACAACAAUAAGAACGAAAAUGGCGGAUUCUUGACGGCGAGGAGUUGCGGCGGCGCUCUACAUGUCGCCCAUGCUCAGCCCUUGAGCUUGGAGCUUGAGAUGGUCGCCUCCCAGGUGAGCAUCAGGAGGGGAAGCAGCCUUACUAGGGAACUUUCCGAGCUCAAGAUGAAUAUCGAGAGGAAACUGUUGUGGUUCGCCCAUCCAUAUCGUUUUUGAGAAAUAAGGGCUCAAAGUCUUGAAGUAACCUAUUUUCUUCUUUUUGAUGGUUCAUUUGAAUUUGAGGUAAACCAACAAAAGUUCAACUCGAUAAUCGUCUCCCAGCCUGAAUAGUUCUUUAGUGAAAGUCAGCUGAAUCAUAUAAAGAUUUUUAGGACCUUUCCAUACCUGUUAUAGAUGAGCUGGAAGACUGAAAAGCUACAUUUCUUCUGAAUUUGCUGCUAGAUUAAGUUGAGGUGUUGAGCUAGAAGGCUAGAGAGCAAGGGGAGCUUGGAGAAAAGCCAGAGAAUGAGAAAAUUUUGUCGAGUAUUGUGCGCAUAGUAACUAGAACCGAGUUCGUUAGUUCAAUUCUCCCUGUUUGUGAGAAAACGAAAGUAAAUGGAUACGAAUAAUUUUCCUUUACCAACUGUUUUGCAGUCUUGUGACCCGUCGGACCGGCUUUCCGGAGUUGGCCUCGAAUACAAGCCGAUCGUCGAGCCGAAGGAACUCUGCGACGCCAGUACCUCCUGCACGGACAUCUUCGUCGAGUCGACGUUAGUUUCUCUGAAAAUACAGUGUUCAGGCUUUUUUUUCUACCUUUUUUUGAGCGAUUUUCCGCGUGAAAUUUGUAGAAGUUUUCCAAGUUUUUUUCGUUUCCAGGUCGUUCGAAACGCCCACGCCGGUCGCCACUUCAACACCGAACAACAUCGACAAGGGCAGUCUGAAGCUGGAGGUGAAUAGAUGAAUAAAUUGAACUGCGAGACGAAUUUUGUUUCAAAACUGCCUUGAAACGAUUACAUGAGUAGAGAUUUUUUGAAACAUGACUUUCCGUUUUUUUUUCCAGCUGACGAAACCGACGUCGAUCGACUGCGCACCAUCGACAGCCGCGACGCCAGAAGUAGCCCCUCCAAUCGCUGCAAUCGCCGCCGUCGAACCAUCGACGUCUUCAGCGACGCCCAAGCGUUUGACGGUCAAUCGGUUGCGACUGAAGAUGCCGGCCAAGGCGACGACGCCGAAGCGAACCGGGUCGCAGGACUCGCUCGACGGCUACGACGCUCCUAAACUUGGCCAGCCCGGCGUUCCAGGCACUCGAGAUCUCGACUUUUCGCUCAAAAACCUCAAGGCGCGACAACAGGUGCGAAUGAAAGGAUUAUUGGCUUUGCGAAUGAUAUAUUUGGCUUUAUUUUUUGUUAAGAUGGAAGUUUGAGGUAUCUAAAUCAAGAAAUGCUUAUGAAAACCAGUUUUAGAGUAUUUUUGCUUUACUUUGAAAUUUACUUGGAGCGCAGUUUUGACGAUAAAAGAGGCUAUAUGUUAGUACUGAUCGCGAUUUAAAAGCCUUAAACUUUCAUUUAACGUGGUUUGUGUGGUGAUUGUAUUGAGCCGUUCGCUUUGUGAGCCGCUCGGAAAAGUUUUCUGAAUAUUUUUUAAUUAAAAGGUGAAGCUAGGGAGUAAAAAAAAGAAAGUUUUAAAGCCUAAUCUUUGAAUUUUUCAUCCUUUUUUGUUGCGCUGCCACACCUUCAUUGAAACUUUUUGGUGUAAAUCCUGACUUGGUGUGAUUUUUUCGUUUUGCACUGUCUCGUUUCCUUGGUUUGUGUUUAAAUAGCUUUUGCUCAAGAAAAACUAUAAAUUUCGAAUUCUACUCAAAAACUCCGCAACAAGAAUAUUCAGAACGGUACUGUUCAUGAAGGAUUUUUUCAGUUCUGGUAAAUAAUUAGGUAAGAUGGAAGGAACUGAGUAGUUUUUGGAUGAAGCCGGCUCUCAAAAAGAAAAUCUAAUUGUAAAAAAGUUGGUUUUUUUGUAAUUUUUCUCGGCCUUCGGUAACGGAAACCGCGCAAGAUCCGGACGUUUUUGAAUUCUAGGGCUCUCUAAGAGUACCGACACUACUAAAGUGGUCACUAGAAACUCCCCGACACGACCGGUUCACGUCCGGUUCGCGUUACCAACGUCCGAAUCGAAGAUUGAUUAGCGUUGGAGGCACUUUCAAAUUUUACAUACAGUACCUACCGGUUUUCCCUCUAUUUGUUUUGACGCAUUUAAAUUUCAAAAACUCACGAAUCGCGAAAUUCUUGGUUGAUCGUUUUUCAAUUACUGUCUUCAUACUGAAGUUAUCUAGAAGGUUCCUUGGUCAUCUUCUUGUUUUUCUGACACUCAAUAAUAAUUCCAUCCUCGUGGCACCAGCUUCAUCAACCUCUGCACGCUGCCAAGCCGAGCUUAACCUUCCUUGUUGUUUUUUGAACGUUAUCCAUUUGAUGAAUGGAAUAACUUGCAGACGACCACGACGGUGAUGAUGCAUGGUGUUGUUGCAUGUGAGGAUGAGGGGAAGGAGAAGUUAUCUUCUUGGUUGUCUUCGUCGUCGUCGUCGUCGGCUUGCUGUGCCUCUUCUUCCUCUCCUCCUUGUUCUUCUACCGCUGGCUUCCCUGCACGCCGUUUUAUCCUCUAUACACCACAAAAACCAACAAGAUCAACACCAACAACAACUUCUUCAUGGCUAAAGGUGCGUUGCAGGUCGAACGCGAUUUUGCUGCGUUCUGCGGCCGCCGCGGCAUCCAGCCCCAUGAGUUCUUCGCCAGUCAGUCGGCUGUAUGUUGGUUGCCUUGUUGGGUACUACGAAUUUGCCCUGGAGCGUAUUUGAUGCCAAGAAACUAGGCUAUUAGCGCCAUCACUAUGAAACGUUAGAUGUAAUCAAAAAAAAAUAGUCUUAUAUAGACACAAAUGACGAGAGAGAGAGAGAGAAUAUUCAGAUUUUUGAAAAACGUUUAUUUUUGACAAUUUGGUAUUUUUAGAUUUGAACUUUAUCCCGUGUAUUUCUUCUUUCGAGUGGCAUUUUAUAAGUAAACUUUCUCUUCUUUUGGUUCCCAACUCCCAGCAUCUUAAGACUCGAAAAUGGUUUCGAUUGCCAUGAAACAUUAAUGAGUCUUAAUUUCAGGGCUUUUUCUUUGCCAUCUUUUUUGACAACUUUGAGUUUCAGAAUGUUUAUUAGCAUUUUGUAAGUGAAAGGUUUUUUUUUGAAAGGUACUUGUUUUUAAGGUCUUUUAUUUUACUUGGGUUUUCAUUGAAUGGGUUUUUCGUUCAAUUUUUUCCUUGAUUCUUGUAAAUAGCUCUUUUCGAAUCAAUCUUUUGAUUUUUCCGUACAUGAAGCUGUGGUUAUAUAAGUUUUUUUCUCAAAUUACCAGUUAUCGAGCACAUUUCCGAGACUUUCUUCCUUUCCACUUUUUCUUGGGAAUGAUUUUUUUUUUCACCUCACAGUUAAGAUCUAAUGGAACGCGCAAGCUAGAGCAUCUCAACUGAUUUAUGAACUCCUUGACUUUCUAAAAUUGAAAUUAUUUUUUUCAGUCCGGAAAAGGAAAGAAAUCCAGCCUCACGUCAUGCUGGACGGACUUUAGCGUCAGUUUUGGUAUGCGAGGAAUCACGAGGUAAGCGUUUUUUGCAUUUUCAUCGGGUUUUCGAGAAGUCGUGUGAUUUUCGAGAUUCCAAUGUGGAUGGAGUAGACCUAUCAAAUGAGAUUUUCUUAAAUUUUCAAGCCUCCCCGCCUUUUUUGAAUUUAUCUCCCUGAGAAGCUCUGCUUCAAGUUAUACUAUUAUACUUUUAGUUCAUUCACUCAACCUGAAUCGCUCGGGAUCAUGGGCAUGAACGCGAAGCCUCUGGGAGUCUUGACAAGAGCCGAGGUUUGUCAUUUAUGAUGUCAUCAAGCAUAUCACUUCACGCAAGUCGUAUCGUGUCGGACGAAGGUUUAUUCAAUGAAAUUGCAGAUGAUCUCCUCGCCUUCGACGUCACCACAACACCGGCCACUCUCCUUGUCGCUCUCGUCUACCAACGCCGUCGGAUUCAUCUCGCCAACGUCUUCUGGCAUCCUUCAGCGACGCUGAACGUCGUCUGCUUUUUAGAGUGUGAGUUUGGAAGUUUUCGGGAUGAGCCAUAGAGAAAAAUAAUGUGAACAAGAAAUUUUAUCAAAUAUUCUGGACCUUUCAAAAUGAAAUUGGAAAAAAAAGUUUUUGAGAUUGUUUGGAGCUUUGAAGAUUGAAGAAAAGUCGUUUCUCGUUUUCAUUCAAAAGCGGAAUCGAGACAAAAAAUCAAACUUUCUGGUUUUGCUGCUAAUGGCUCACUUAACGUUGCGAUCGCACUGCGGCUCGAACUAGGCCAAUUUCUAGCUUCAUUUUCGAAGCCGUUGUGCACAAACCGUUUUGGGUCGGCUGCUUAUUCAGACCAGCAGCAGUUUAGCCAUUCAAGCUGCGACCGAAAAGUUUUGAAAUUGGAGCGAUUUGAAUCGAAUUCCUUUUUGAAUACCUAUCUAAAAAGCAUAUGUUCGAGAAUUCCGGAUAAAAAAAUUUUUUUCUGAAUUUUUAAUUCUUCCUUUUUUUCGAAUCCAAUGGAAAGUUUACUGCUAUUUUUAUUGAAUAAUAUUAUUAUUUCAUUUUCAGAUUAGGAAAAAAACUGACUGCCAACGGGUGCACCUGCCAAUUCAACUGA